AUGGCCUCCCAAAGCAUCAUCCUAAUCCCUGAUGACUCGCCUUUCUCAUUAGCAAAUAUCCCCUUUGGUAUAUUCUCCACCCAAUCUCAACCCACUCCACGCCCUGGCGUAGCCAUCGGGGACCAUAUCCUCGACCUUCGAGUCCUUACACUAGAGGGGAUAUUCACGAAUUGCGGAGUAUCGUUCCCCAGUGAUGUCUUCACGCAUACAACCCUCAAUGCAUUCGCUGCUCUUGGAAGGUCCACUACCUCUAGCGUACGCGCAUAUAUCCAGUCCCUCUUGUCCCGAUCCUCCUCUUCUCCGCUAUACUCGAACCCUUCCCUUCUAAAGCGCUGUACUGUAAGGCAAAUGGAAGCAACGAUGCACCUCCCCUUUGAUAUUGGCGAUUUCACAGAUUUCACGGGUUCUAGGACGCAUGCGAAGAAUACGCACUCGGGACAUGGACAUGGGGGUGUUGAUGUUGACAUGUUUCAUCCCCCUCGCGCAGCCUCCGGACGUGCAUCUACUAUUCUUCCCUCUGGUACCCCUAUUGUACGGCCCGUUGGUCAUCUCCCUCUGGUCCCUCCCCGGGGUCACCUAUCAUCAGACCUCCCAGGGCCUCUCGAUGACCUUUCCACAGACACUCCCAUCGAAUCAAGGACGCUCGCUCGAACAACAGGAUUCACGCUCGCACCCACGAACGAACUCGACGUUGAGCUCGAGCUCGCGUUUUUCGUCGGUGUCCCGACGGAGCACUUUGAACGCGUGCCAGUGGAGAAAGCAGAGGAACAUAUAUUUGGAGUUGUCUUACUGAACGAUUGGAGCGAAACCCUCCCCUUCGGAGCAUUCAACGCAAAGAACUUUGCGAGCACGAUCAGCCCGUGGGUUGUCACCCUCGAUGCAUUGGAACCGUUCAAGAUCGCACAUGACAUACGGAGGGUCCCGUCGUACCUUCUAGAUAAGGGAGAUGUGACGUAUGAUAUCUCAGUCAGCAUGGAGGUGAUUCCUGGUGGACCGGAGCAGAGGGAGAUGGGGGUAACGAGAUCUAGUUUGAGGAAUUCGUAUUGGACGUUUCGGCAGAUGCUCGCUUUCCACACACUCUCAGGAUGCCGCAUGCGUACCGGGGAUUUGAUAGGGACGGGGACGUUAUCUGGAGAGGACCCGACAUCCCUCUGUUCCCUCAUCGAGCAGCGCAAGCACUUCCCUAGUCGAAUUUUCAUACAGGACAGGGAUGAAGUUGUAUUCAGUGCUUGGUGCGGGUCUCCUCAGGGAGGAGUAGGAUUUGGAGUGUCGCGGGGUAGUGCUACCUGCGAGAUUGUAGUGAAGUAUUUCUUGGCUAGGUUAUCAUUGUUCAGAUUGGGAAACAGUCGGUCUCGCGCUACAUUUGUUGAUCGCUUGCGCCGCUGGAAAUGUGCUCUCGACCACGUUGAGUAG